AUGGACGCCUCCUCCCUCCGCAUCUCCAAGUUCGAUGGAACUAACUUCCACGCCUGGAAGUUCAAGAUGCAGAUGGUGCUGGAGGAACGGGACCUAUGGGGAGGUCGUCAGCGGUGA